UGAUCAUAAACAAUACCGAUUCUAAUACUCUUUUAACUUAACCACAUCAGACUAUUCUUAUGCGGAAAAGCCGCAUAACGUUUAGUAUAGUUUUGCGGUAGCUCUAUGGAAGAUGGUAUAGUUUAGCAUAAACAAUACCUUGCGCGAUUUGUUGUUGGAAGAGGCAAAGUUUUUAUAUGGUGUGGGCGAUGAAGUGAAGGAGCUCGAGAUCCAACUCAAAGAGAUGAAGUGUCUUCUCAAAGAUGCCAACAGAAGACGACAUGAAAAUGAAACCAUUUUCAAUUGGAUCUCAGAGAUCAAAGAUCUUGUGUACAGAGCCGAAGCUGCCAUUGAAAGACACACAGCUUAUCAAGUGACUUCAAGGAGAAAACGAGGCCUCAAACAGCUCCUCCGCAGAUGUAGUUGUAGUUUGGAAGAAUACAAGUCGAUCCACCAAUUAGGCUUGGAGAUUUCACCGAUCAAAUCCCGACUUGAAAGGAUAAACAAGGAAAUGUUAGAAAGUGGCAUAAAGAAGAGCAUCAUCAACAAUACAGAUGAAGGGGAAAGCUCAUCCGCCAACAACAGGGCAAGGAAGAGUUUCCCCGAAUUUGAGAUCGGAGACUGUUUUGUGGGGAUGAAGGACGAGCUCAAGCAGCUUCUUCAUCUCCUAGUGGAAGACGAAAAGCAUCGAGUGAUUUCAGUGUUGGGAAUGGGGGGAUCAGGCAAGACCACCAUUGCCAAAAAGCUCUACAACGAGACCACCACCAGCUUUGAUCUUUCCGCAUGGGUUUGCAUUAGUCAGCAAUGUCAGAGUUUUCAAUCACUUGGAAGGAUGUUCUCAUGCAGCUACAACAUCAAAACACAAAGGAUGGACCAAAAAUAAGGGAGGAUGUUACAAGUUUGAGCGAGUGGGAGUUGAAGGAGCGACUAUGCAAGAUACAAAGAGAGAAGCGAUGUCUGAUUGUUUUUGACGAUCUUUGGAAAGUUUCUGAUUGGGAUGACUUCAAGCAUCCCUUCCUUGUCCAAGAUUUGCAGAGCAAAAUCUUGAUCACCACGCGCGAACGGGAAGUCGCGGAGAUUGGAUGCCCUGUCAAACUUGGGCUUUUAUAAGAGGAAGAUGCUUUGGAACUACUCAAGAAGAAAGCAUUUCCCCACACAAACAUUCCAGAGUUUGCAUUGGAAGAUAAUUUUAAGAAAAUUGGGAAAGAAAUGGUGCAAAAAUGUGGGUAUUUGCCGUUGGCAAUUUCAUUACUCGGUGGGGUCUUGAGAAUGAAAAAUUCGAUGAAGGAGUGCAUGGGAGUUAGUAAAUGAGGAUAUCAAAGAAUUCAUAUAUAGAGGUGAAAGUGAGAUUGAUGGAGUGCUAAAUUUAAGCUAUGAAAGUCUACCCUAUUAUUUGAAGCCUUGCUUUCUCUAUAUGGGUCUAUUUCAAGAGGACGAAGUUAUAGGUGUUGGGUAUCUAUAUAGGAUGUGGAUAGCACAAGGCAUGAUUUCAUAUGAUAAUAUUGGAGACAGGGACAAAACUUUGAUGGAAAUUGCCGAGCUCUACUUGGGUGAGUUGGCCUCCAGGUCCAUCGUCCAACUUGAAAUUAAUUACGGCGAUGUUGUCACUGGAAAAUAUAGGAGCUGCAAACUUCAUGAUGUAGUAAGAGAACUGUGUUUGAAAUUGGGGAGAAGUGAGGAUUUUGGUGUGCAGAGUUUGGAGUAUCAAAGUGGGAAAGCUUCCUCGCAUAGGAAAAUACGGCAUUUGGCUAUACAUUUCAGGAAGGAAGUUCAAGUGGAACCUGACGAGCUUACACUCACUUGGGGAGAAGAUAGUAGUGAACAUUUAAGGUCUCUUCAAAUGUUCAGUCACAUAAAUUCGGGUGUUCUUGAGUUUCCCCCACAAGGUAUCGUUGAUUUUCAGAAAUUCAAAUUGCUGAGAGAUCUAGUUAUGGUGGGAUUCAAAUUUGAAGGAAGAAAGUUACCGAAAGGAAUCACUAAUCUGGUUCACCUUAGACGUUUGCAUUUAGAAAAUUGUGAAUUUGAUAAGCUACCAUUGUCCAUAAGGAAUUUGGUAUACAUGGAUACCCUUGAUUUAGUUGAUUCGAUGAAUAUUGAAGUUCCAAAUGUUUUUAAGGAGAUGCUACGUUUAAAACACUUGUUUCUUCCCAAUUAUGAUGAGGAAAGUAUUGGAAGUUAUCGAUUGACAUUGGACGAGGGAGUGAUUGAGUUGGAGACCCUGUGGAAUUUGGAUAGUAGAGUGCAUGAUAUAAAAUGUAUGAACAGAAUGAAGAAUCUGCGAAGUUUCGUAACAAAAAUAUACGACAACGAAAGCUUGUCAGCCAACAUCGACACCAUUGCUCUCAUGGAAAAGUUACUGUAUUGUUUGGUUGAAAUCAAAAAGGGUUGUGAGUUAGGAACAAAUAAGGGAGUGUUAACGCUGAAGAAGGUAAUCACAUGUCCCAAUCUUCAUUCCUUGCGGAUUCAAGUUAAGUUAGGGAAGGCGCUGGCAGAGUGCGGGAGUGACUUCAUCAGUUUAAAACUUACAACUUUGUUCCUGUCAAAAUGUGAGAUUGAGGAUGAUCCAAUGGGGAUACUGGGGAACCUUCCUUGCUUGAUACAGUUGUAUUUAUGGAGGAAAUCAUCUGUGGGGGAGAGGAGAUGA